GACUGCCCAUGACAGGUUGGGAAAGGGGUGGGGGGAGCUGUCAUGUGUUUCCAGAUAGUGACCUUAGUCAGUGAAUGGCUUUUGAGCAGAGCAACAAGUUCAGCUGCGCUUGUAAAAUAGUCAGUGGCUAUUUAGCAUCCUUGACACUCAAAGUGGUAAUAAAGGAAAUAAAGAAGGAGAAGAAGCUGUUUAAGCAACUCAUGAGAAAAGAACAUAUUGGAAGUGUUCAAAGGGCGAAAUAGUAUCACACUGCAUUUCCACACUGCAUUGGAGGAAGAGCAGCAAUCUGCCUGAAGCUCUCAGCUCUUUGGUGUUACCAUCAAUGGCAUUCCAUGGUAGAACUGUCUCCUUUUUCUUCUCAAUCUGGGUGGCAAACUUCAUGGCACAAGGCACAAUUCUUCUGAAAGAUAUUCACAUGUCAAACUGCAGAAUUGUGGGUGUAACACUUGUUGCGAAUAAGAAUAAAAUUGAUUUUAGUUUUGCUGAAGCAGAACCAGUUUGCAGGCAGCUGGGAUUAACGCUAGCACACAAAUCCAAGAUUGAAGCUGCUUGGAAGCAUGGCUUUGAAACUUGCAGUUAUGGCUGGGUAGCAGAAGGCUAUGCUGUAAUUUCUCGGAUAACUCCAAAUGAAAAAUGUGGGCAGAAUAAAACUGGGAUUCCCAUCUGGAGAAUGCCCGCGGACAGGAAAGUUCGUGUUUAUUGUUACAAUUCUUCAGAUACGUGGAUUAAUUCAUGCAUCCCAGAAGAAAGCACAGUUUCAUUACCAGACAGUUCCACUGAGAUGAAUUCCACUUUAACAGUCUCGUUUCCAGAUACCUCUGCAGGGGUUGACACAACUCAGUUACAACAAACCCAAAAGCCCCCGAAGUAUCGCAUCAUAUGUGUAACAGAAACGUUGCCACCUGAACCUAUUCCCGAGAAGGAAAAUCGGCUUUUCACUGAUAAACGAACUGCCUUUAAAAAUGAGGGUGUUCCAUUUGGAGCUGUACCAAUCGUGCUUCUGGUGCUUGCCCUCUUCUUCUGUGCAGCUGCAUUGGUUUUAGCUGUCUGCUAUAUCAAAAAAUACAAGAAAACAUCUCUAUUUUCAAGCAAGGAGAAGAAAGAUGAAAUAGAAACCAAGAACAUCAAAGAACUAAAUGCAAAAAACCAAACUCCAGAGCAGGGCCUAAAGAAUGGAAAAAAGGAAGAAGUGGAAGUCAAGUCUGAACCACCAGUAAAAUGUUUGGAAGCAGAAGUUUAAGACAGAGCAUCUCAAUGAAAGAUGCUGCAAGAACAAAUGGCAGAAACUAACAGUUUAUACAUCGAUAAUUGUAUAUAUUGCCGAAGUCAGUAUCAGGCAUGUCAUGCAAACAUUUCUUACCUCAUAUAUCUUAGCUUAUACAUUGUCAAUAUAGGAAUAACACCUAUACAGCUAAUAUUUUCAGUUUUGUUACAAGCCUUUUUAGGGAGGAAGCGAUGAUAUUUUUCCAAAACAUGAAUUCAGACAUGCAACUCAAACAAACAAAUAAAAAUGGAUAUAUAUAUAUAUUGUUAUACAAAGGAUUUCAUGGAGAAACUUGAAUAUAUGAACUAGAUAUAACGGAGAAACUGUUACUGUAUUUUUCAAAUGAUGGUAACUUUAAAAUAUGUCUUUACUGAGAGGUUAUCACAGAAGUUCAAAAACAUAAAGUGAUGGAAAAGAACAAAGGGAAAUGUCUGAUUCACAUGCAGAUGAAUCCAGAACAAAUUGUUACAUAGCCAUAAAAAUUUUAUGUUUCUUAUUCCAGUCUCUGUGUCUCUUCCUACCUUCUUUCCAGAAAUCUAACAAAUCACAAACUAUCAAUUUUAAAUAUGGGAAAAAGAUAAAAAAAAUGAUAGCAACAAAAUCUAUUAAUUAUAUUUCUUUUUUCCAUGCAUGCCAUAGUCAUGUUUAUUUCAAAAAUAUACAGCCCAAUCAUAUGCAUGUUUACUUAGAAAUAUGUUCCAUUCUGUUUCCUAAACUUACCAUCUAGUAUGUUCAAAACUGCUAUAUAAAAUAUCUCUGUAAAUUGAUUGUUGUGGCUGUUACCAUAAUAUACAUGCGAAUACAUUUAUCAGGAUUUCAUUGAAAUAAACAAAAAUUGCAUAAUUA